CACCAUGUGCCUUCUGUCUUAUUGCACCAGCGAGAGUCUCAGAUCCCCGCUCAUAUUUACAUGGGUCUUAGAGCAACUGGUCUCACAUCCACUCUGUCGUCUGGCCAAACAUGAAGUCCUCUCUGGUGUUCACGUUGAUGAUCACUGGACUUGUCUCCAUCCUCCCUCAGGCCCAGUCUUCGCCCAGUGAUUGUGUGUGUAACCUGAAGAACUCUGAGCACCCCUUCCCUCAUGACAAGCUGCAGACUGUAGAGAACAGUGCCUCAAAGUGCACUAAAAACAUCACUCCACAGCAGACUAUGGAGGUGGAGGGUCUGUUGCUGGGUCUGAAGAGGCGUCUACCUCAGCUGGAGGCUGAUGUGUCAGUGCUGGAGCAGGAGGACGAUGGGGCUCUGUACGGGACAGUGUCUCUUCAGGUCAUAGAGAAUGAACUGUCUGAGAUCCAGCAGCUCAUCGCCAAACUCAACAGUACCACUCACAGCCACCAACGCCUCAACGCAGACACUGCUGAACAGCUGCAGGAGCUUAAAGAAGAGAUGGGGAAGCUGGAGAAAUUUGACAACAUGCAGGUGGUCAGGGGAAAGGAGGUUAACAAACGUCUGAGGAGGGACCUAGACCAGUGCAAGAACGGCAACCAUCCUACUGCCCCACCCCCUGAACCUGCACCUGGAAACUGUCCCCUGGGCCGCCUCCGGAGCGUGACUGGUCCCAACACAUAUUCAGUUACUGAAUAUGCCGCCGCAUAUCAUUAUGGCUCCUGGGGUCGCGACCCCAAACCUGCUGCAGGGAAGGAGAGCUGGUUUUGGAUAGUGCCUUUGACUUCAAGCAAUGUGUUCUCUAACUUUGUGAGACUUUAUAGCAGCCUGAGCUCUCUGGUUGUGGGGGUCAGUGUUCCAGGAAGUGUGGUGAUUCACUCCUCCAACCCCACCACCAACACCAUCCAGGGGCCUAACGUUGUCAUGUACGGGGACGCCCUCUACUAUAACUGCUACAACAAGGACGCUGUCUGCCGUUUCAACAUCACCGCCAAAACGGUCACCCCCAUGGUUCUGCCCAAAGGUACUGGGUUCAACAGCAAGUUCAACUUCUGCCAUCUGGAUGCUUGCUACGGUUACACUGACAUGGACCUGGCUACUGAUGAGUCUGGUGUCUGGGUGAUCUACAGCACCCCUGAUAACUUUGGUAACCUGGUCCUCGCUGAGGUGAUCCCUGGCAGUCCUCCCACACUAGGCCGGACCUGGACCACUUCAGCUCACAAGCGUGCUGUGACCAACACCUUUAUGGCGUGCGGUGUGCUCUACGCCACGCGGUACCUGAAUAAGGAAGCUGAGGAGAUCUUCUACUCCUUUGAUACUGUGAGCGGCCGGGAGCGAUAUGACAUCGGUAUAGAGAUCAAGAAAAUGUCCACCAACAUCCAGUCCCUCAACUACAGCCCCGUUGACCACAUGCUGUAUGCCUACAGUGAUUCGAUGGUUGUUUCCUACAAGGUUCAUUUUGGGUAAACUAUAUACAUCAACAUUUGAGUCUCAUCUAAAUAAAAAGUGUUUAUUGCUCACUUGA